GUCCCCUCCAUCCCCAACAUCUCUCUUCUCUCCCUCUCACCGCGCUCUUCUGUUUCCUUCUUUUUCUGUCAUAUACGCGAAAUCCCGCAAGCUUCACCUGUUCACCAUCAAUAUGAUAUGAUUUUCUCCCUCAAUUGCUACGCGUAAUUUCCUCUCCUGUGCUCUGCGACUCUGUUUCUUCAUGUUCUCCAUAAGCUUCUGAACGUCAAGACCGAGAAAAUCGCUCUGGCCUCUCUCAGGUGAAGGCACGCAAGUGAAGAGAAACUUGGUGAGAAAAGCUAGGCAAUCAUGGCAGGAGAUCAGCUUAAGGUUCUUAAUGCACUUGAUGUUGCAAAAACACAAUGGUACCAUUUCACAGCAAUUGUGAUUGCGGGGAUGGGUUUCUUCACCGACGCCUAUGAUCUUUUCUGCAUCUCUCUCGUGACCAAACUGAUCGGUCGCCUCUAUUACUUUGAUCCAAACUCCAAAAGCCCUGGCUCACUUCCUUCCAACGUUUCUUCUGCCAUCAAUGGAGUGGCAUUCUGUGGUACCCUUUCAGGCCAGCUCUUUUUCGGGUGGCUCGGAGACAAAAUGGGAAGGAAACGAGUCUACGGGAUGACUCUCAUGCUCAUGGUGAUUUGUUCGAUUGCCUCGGGCCUCUCUUUUGGUAAAGAACGAAAAGCUGUCAUGGCCACACUUUGCUUCUUCCGUUUCUGGCUUGGAUUCGGCAUUGGUGGGGACUACCCUCUCUCGGCCACCAUCAUGUCUGAGUACGCCAACAAGAAGACUCGAGGGGCUUUCAUUGCUGCGGUCUUUGCCAUGCAAGGUUUUGGUAUUUUAGCUGGGGGCAUGGUUGCUAUUAUAGUUUCAGCGGCUUUCAAAGCUAUAUACCCUGCACCAUCAUAUCGUGACAACCCAUCUUUAUCCACAGUCCCGCAAGCUGAUUAUGCCUGGAGGAUAAUUUUGAUGUUCGGUGCCUUGCCUGCUGUGCUCACAUACUAUUGGCGGAUGAAGAUGCCCGAGACUGCCAGAUACACUGCCUUGGUUGCCAAGAAUGCCAAGCAGGCUGCUUCAGACAUGUCAAAGGUGUUGCAGGUUCAGAUUGAAGCUGAACAGGAGAAAAUUGAGGAGUUUGAGAGACAGAGAGGGAAUGAUUUUGGGCUGUUCUCGAAAAAGUUCCUUCGCCGGCACGGCCUUCACUUGCUUGGAACCACCAGCACUUGGUUUCUUCUGGACAUAGCGUUCUACAGCCAGAACCUGUUCCAGAAAGACAUUUUCUCUGCCAUAGGCUGGAUUCCAGAAGCUAAUACCAUGAGUGCCUUGGAAGAAGUUUACAGAAUUGGCAGAGCUCAGACUCUCAUAGCUCUGUGCAGCACCGUCCCUGGCUACUGGUUCACAGUGGCUCUCAUAGACAGGAUUGGAAGGUUUGCCAUCCAACUGAUGGGCUUUUUCUUCAUGACCGUGUUCAUGUUUGCCCUGGCCAUUCCUUACCAUCACUGGACCUUGCGGAACAACAGGAUUGGGUUUGUUGUGAUGUACUCAUUGACCUUCUUCUUCGCCAAUUUCGGUCCAAAUGCCACCACUUUCGUGGUUCCGGCCGAGAUUUUCCCGGCGAGGCUAAGGUCAACCUGCCAUGGCAUCUCGGCGGCAGCCGGGAAGGCCGGGGCUAUAGUAGGUACUUUUGGCUUUGUUUAUGCCGCAAAGGAGUAUGGGGUGAGGAAAACUCUAAUAGCUUUAGGCGUGGUGAACCUCUUGGGGUUGCUGUUUACGUUCUUGGUGCCAGAAACUAAAGGAAGAUCACUCGAAGACAUGUCUGGGGAAGGCGAGGAAGAGGCUUCCACUACCACUGGUCCUGAUGCUAGAACUGUUCCCUUCUAAUUACUCAACAGUCCAGUUUCCUAGUAUAACCAUAGGUUCAAUAGUAUUUUGCUAUUUUUAUUAUAGAUUUCUGCCUUCACUUGCUGCUUGGGAGGAAUAAUCUGUUUUGAUACUGCCCCAUGUUGCUGUCUCUGAUGCAAACCAUCUUGAGAUAAGUAGAUACAGUUUGAGCUGUUUCAGUUCCUCGUCUUGCUCUUGCAAAGUUCAGGCCUUUAAUAUAUAUUUAUAAAAGAAACGUUACAAAAUUUACUGCGUUUUCUGUC